AUGCACCUGGGGCGCGCGAAGAACGCCGAGGAGGACUCCCUGAGCAAGGGGGAGUACAAGCAGGUGUACCUGUGCCUGGGGCGCAGCGAGGGCAACGACGCAGUCAAAAUAGACAUCAGCUACGACAACAACAUCCACGACGUUCUGCAGCUCGGCAGAGAAAAGUACAGCACACAGGGAGAGUACAUAACAGAUUCAUGCGGAAAUGUAAUACACUCCAUUAGAGAUAUAAUCGACGGAGAUACACUCUACCUAAAGGAUGGAAGAGAGAAGCUGCUACCCAUCCAGGGUAAGCUCAAAAAUAACUUCAUAGUAAAUGAUUACAUCGUACAAAAGAGAAUAGGUUCAGGUGGGUUCGGAAUCGUCUUCCAAGGUAUACACAUACAGACCAAGCAAAAAGUCGCCUUGAAAUUUAUCCCAAAAAGUAACUUCCUAGAUGUAACAGAUGUACAUAGAGUCUUCAUAGAAAUACAAACCUUAAGAGGACUCAUUCAUAAUAACAUCAUAAAAAUGUAUGACGUGAAUCACUUUGAAAAUCACGUCUGUCUAAUUAUGGAGUAUGCCAUCAAUGGAGACUUAAAAAAUUAUAUCCUGAAGAAUAAUGGCUACCUAUCCGAGAAGGAAGCUCACGAUCUCUUCGUUCAAAUAAUUAGAGGAGUGUACUACUGCCAUUCGAAGCAUAUUGUCCAUCGGGAUUUAAAAUUGGAAAAUAUUUUACUCGAUAAAAAUAUGACCUGCAAAAUUGCAGAUUUCGGAUUGUCUGACUUUGUUAAUGUAGAUCAAAAUAUUAAAACGGAGGCAGGCACAAAGGCUUAUAUCGCUCCGGAAAUUAUUUUCAACCAAACCAUCAACUACUCCGUCUUCAAACUGGACAUCUGGAGCCUCGGCAUUCUCCUCUACAUCAUGACGCAGGGGUUCCCUCCUUUUAAAUACGUGGAAGAUGACAUAAAGUACUUUGACAGCAGCACGCUCAACUACCCGAAUGACAUUUCAGACGACUUGAAAAAUUUGAUUUCCCUCAUGCUCAACGUAGAUCCUAAUAAGCGCCCCAUCAUCGUCGAGAUACUCAACCACCGCUGGUUUGGCAGCUUCGCCCAGGCGGGGUAG